AUGGCAAACGAACUAAGUGAAUUCGCUAUCAAGCCUCAAAAACAUACCCCGAAUUUAAACACGUCGGAAUGGCCUUUACUCUUAAAAAACUAUGAUAAACUUCACGUUCGUACGGGUCAUUACACACCUGUUACUCAAGGAUGCUCACCUCUUAAACGUGAAUUAAAUGAUUAUAUAAGAUAUGGAAUCAUCAAUCUCGAUAAACCUGCCAAUCCCUCAUCACACGAGGUGGUAGCGUGGGUACGACGUAUCCUCGAAGUUGAAAAGACAGGGCACAGUGGUACAUUGGAUCCUAAAGUAACGGGUUGUUUGAUAGUUUGUGUAGAUCGGGCGACUCGUUUAGUUAAAUCACAACAAAGUGCAGGAAAGGAAUACGUGUGCGUUGUUCGAUUUCAUGAGGCUCUUGAAUCUGCCAAGAAGUUUGUACAAGGCUUAGAGACUCUCACUGGAGCUCUAUUCCAACGACCUCCUUUGAUUUCUGCUGUAAAACGUCAAUUACGUAUUCGUACCAUUCAUGAAACGAAUUUGAUAGAAUACGAUGAAAAUCGUCACUUGGGUGUGUUUUGGGUAAGCUGUGAAGCUGGAACUUAUAUCAGAACGCUUUGCGUACAUUUGGGUUUGAUCCUUGGUGUCGGUGCUCAUAUGGCAGAACUUCGACGCGUUCGUUCCGGUGCAAUGUCUGAGAAUGAUGAUAUUGUCACAAUGCAUGACGUUUUGGAUGCCAAGUGGGUUCACAAGAAUACGAAAGACGAAACAUAUCUUCGAAGGGUUAUUCGUCCUCUUGAAUCUCUCUUGAUCACCUAUAAGAGAAUUGUUGUUAAAGAUAGCGCGGUCAAUGCUAUUUGUUAUGGCGCUAAACUUAUGAUACCAGGUCUGCUUAGGUAUGAGGAUGGUAUUGAGCUUCACGAAGAGAUUGUUCUUAUGACCACAAAAGGUGAAGCCAUCGCUCUCGGUAUAGCAUUGAUGACAACUGCGGUUAUGAGUUCUGUGGAUCAUGGAGUUGUCGCAAAAAUUAAGAGAGUAAUAAUGGAACGAGAUACGUAUCCAAGAGCAUGGGGGUUAGGACCCAAGGCCAUGGAAAAAAAGAAGCUCAUUUUCGAAGGAAAAUUAGAUAAAUAUGGUCGCGUAAAUGAUAGUACCCCUGAAUCUUGGAAGACUUCAUUUGUAGACCUCAGUGCAGUUGGUACCAGGAACGAUGAAGUACCAGCGAAUUUAAUUUCUACUACGCCGUCUACAUCUGCAGGAGUUUCAACCCCUGCUACUGAGCCAGUAGAAGGUGGAACAAGUACAGCCGUGAAGAGGAAAGCUGAAGAAGAAUCAGAUGUUCCUGAAACAGAAGGAGGAUCCAAAUCAUCGAAGAAAGAAAAGAAAGCAAAGAAGGUUAAGAUUAAGGAGACAAAGAGAAAAUCAGAUGAAGAUAGUGAUAUUGAAGAAAAGACAGAAAAGAUUUCAAAAAAGAAAUCUAAGAAAGAAAAGAAGUCUGACGUAUCUGAACGUGAACAAGAUUCUCGAGGAGACGCUCCCAAGCGUGAUUUGAGCAAAACUGUCAAGGCUAGUGCUGAAGACGACGAUGUAUCUCAGCCUGAUAUAAAGAGAAUUCGCGUCGAGCCUUCGGCUACUAACGAUCUUUAUCUGGACACCGUAUACGUUUUACCUGACGGAUACGAAGUCAAUGAUUCAUCGUUAGAUGAUAUUAAGUAUGUACUCCAUCCAAUCUUUACGAAAGAACAAGUCGCGAAAUUGGAUCAAAAUAUAAGACAUUCAUAUGACUUAAAUAACAAAAAAUAUUUGCCAGGUUUUGUAGGUCUUAACAACGUAAAAGCCAACGAUUAUGUUAAUGUUAUAAUACAAGCGUUGGCACACAUUCCACCCCUUCGAGAUUUCUUCAUCUUGCAAAAUUUUGAAUCCAAGUCUCAAUUGGUGCAAAGGUUCAGUACUCUAGUUAGAAAAAUUUGGAAUCCCAGAGCAUUUAAAGGCCAAGUCAGCCCACACGAGUUACUUCAAGAAAUUGUUAACGCAAGCGGCAAAAAAUUUAAACUUGCUGAACAAAGUGAUCCUCUUGAAUUUCUUUCCUGGUUUUUGAAUACGUUGCAUAAAGAUUUAGGUGGAACGAGAAAACCAAAGUCGAGUAUUAUUUAUAAGAUAUUUCAAGGUGAGGUCAAAGUUGAAGCACAAUCGGUUCUUAUAAAAGAUGAUGCUGAUGAAGAAGAACGAUUGUUGUUCGAUCUUGACAGAGAAAUUUCGGUCAAUAUAUCACCUUUUCUAUUUUUAACAUUGGAUUUGCCUGCACCUCCCCUGUUCAAGGAUGGGGUUGAAAAGAACAUUAUCCCUCAGAUUGCUUUGACAACGAUACUUGCUAAAUAUGAUGGUCGUACUUCUCAAGAAUCGGUUGGAACCUUGAAAAGGUUUCAACUGACUCGUCUACCAAAUUAUAUCGUUUUUCAUAUCAAACGCUUUACUAAAAAUAAUUGGUCUGCAGAGAAAAAUCCAACAAUUGUUAACUUUCCAAUCAAAAAUAUUGACAUGAGAGAUUACCUUGAGAAUCCGGAUGAUGAAAUGCUUGAUACUCACUAUGAUUUAAUCGCGAAUAUUUGCCAUGAAGGUAGACCAGGCAAGGGUAAUGGUAUUUAUAAAGUUCAUGUUCAGCAUCGUGGCAAAGAUCAAUGGUAUCAAAUUCAAGAUUUAAUUGUUGAGGAAAUCAAUGCACAAAUGAUUUUUUUAUCCGAAAGCUAUAUUCAGAUAUGGGAAAGAAAAGAGCAUGACUUGUGUUAA